CUUCUCUCUCCUCCUGUUCCUUUGGGUUUUUUCUAUUUAUAUUUACAUCAGAUUUCGUGUUCUUUGUUCUUUAAAGCCACUUUCACCAUUUUUCAUGAACCCAAUUGCGCUUUCUCUGGAUUCAUCAUUCAUGGACAGAUAGAGCGAUUCAGAUCAAUCAGAGAGUGAUUUUGUUUGGUUGUCAGUCAAAAAAAUGAGUCGACUCGGUGAACUAAUGGCUCUGUUUUUGCAGGAAAGUGAAGAGACAGAAAGGAGCACGAGAACGAUCGUCGACCUCCUAAGGGAGAGAACCAUGGACGGCGGCGAUAGGUUCCGACGACGGAAGAGUCUCCAAGAACGGUUAGGAUUAAAGAGUAUGGUCUGUUGUGGAUCCGCUUGGGGCAUCGGAAUCGGACCUUCCACCAUGAGCACCCGAGCCGACGACGAUGACGACGUCGUUGACUCGAUCCAUCAAAUAGAUGUCAUAGACGUGAAUCUAACACCGCCGGACACCAAUUCCUAUCCCGAUUGCAUCUCUCCGUCGCCUCGAAUGAAUCUCGCGGCGGCAUUGGCUGCUGAACGGCAGUUCCGGACCACCGCCGAGCCUUUGAGUCCGAACAAUGAAGCAGCCAAUGAGACGUUGCCACGUACGUCGACUGCGGAUCUUGGUUCGCCGUUGCGGAUAUCGUUGAUGAGACUGUUGGAAGAAACGGACGGUGAGGAUCAUAAGAAGGAAGAUAUGAGCAGGGAUCAGGUGUGCUGCGUGUGUAUGGGAAGGAAAAAGGGUGCAGCGUUUAUUCCAUGCGGGCAUACGUUUUGUAGGGUGUGUUCGAGGGAGUUGAUGUUAAAUCGAGGUUGUUGUCCCCUUUGUAAUCGAUCUAUCCUCGAAAUCCUCGAUAUUUAUUAGAUUUCCAACGGUUGAAUCUUAAGAUCCAACCUUAUAUAUUUUUUAAAAUUAAUAAAAUUUAUUUCAUUCUUAUUAAUUAAAUCUCAAAAGAUGAAAUCGGAUUUUGAGAGUCUAUUGUUUUUAUCUAAUGUGUUUGAUGUAAGGUGAGUUUGGCAUAAUUAGUUCAGCGAUCGGUUGACAUUUUAUUUUA